ACAAAAUAAAAGUUUUAUAAAAGACCACAUUUAAAUUCCAUCAAAAGUGAUACAUGGCCCUAUAAGCUAAAAGCCCUUUAAAAUAAAAAAACCCGCCACGUAUUAUCUUGUGGACCAAAAAAAACAGAAUCACAGUCUCUCUCUCGUCUUUUACUUUUAUCCUUUAGGGUUUUGAAGCAGAGGGGUUUCGCUUUCGCUUUCGCUCGAUUAUCUCGCCAAUGGCGAAACCAAGCCGUGGCCGUCGUUCUCCUUCCGUCUCCGGUUCCUCAUCUCGUUCCAGCUCUAGAUCUCGUUCCCGCUCCGGUUCGAGCCGGUCCAGGUCUCUUUCGCGCUCUUCUUCUUCAUCUCCUUCCCGGAGCGUCAGUUCAGGGAGUCGCAGCCCUCCUCGUCGUGGUAAAAGUUCUGCUGGUGCUGCUAAGCGAGGUCGCUCUCCACAGUCUAAAGGAGCCUCUUCACCUUCUAAGAAAGCUACACCUAUUCAGGAAUCACUUGUUCUCCAUGUUGAUUCUCUUAGCAGGAAUGUUAAUGAAGGCCAUCUGAAAGAGAUUUUUGGCAACUUUGGUGAAGUUGUUCAUGUAGAAAUUGCGAUGGAUCGAGCUGUUAAUCUUCCAAAAGGAUAUGCUUAUGUUGAGUUCAAAGCAAGAACUGAUGCUGAGAAAGCUCAGCUGUCUAUGGAUGGUGGCCAAAUUGAUGGGAAUUUUGUUAAAGCAAAGUUCACACUACCACCGCGUCAGAAAGUACCUCCACCCUCUAAACCUGUUUCCAGUGCACCUAAAAGAGAGGCUCCAAAAUCUGAUAACGCCAGUGCUGAAGUUGAGAAAGAUGAGCCCAAGCGCCCAAGAGAGACUUCCCCACACCGGAAAACAUCUCUUUCUCCAAGAAGGCGAUCACCACUGCCUAGGAGAGGCGCAUCACCAAGGAGAUUACCUGUUUCUUCUCCUCGUCGGAGGCCUAGCUCUCCCAUUCGCCGUCGUGGUGAUACACCACCUAGACGCAGGGCAGUAUCGCCAUCUAGAGGCCGUUCUCCAUCUUCUCCCCCUCCAAGACGACCUAGAUCUCCUCCAAGGGGGUCUCCUAGAAGAAUCCGUGGCAGUCCGGUUCGAAGACGGUCUCCUCCUCCUCUAAGGCGAAGGUCACCUCCAAGGAGGCUACGCAGUCCCCUCCGAAGAUCCCCUAUCCGCAGACGUAGCCGAUCCCCGAUUCGUAGGCCUGUUCGAUCUCGUUCAAGGUCCAUCUCACCCCGCAGGGGACGAGGUCCAGCUGGGAGACGUGGAAGGUCAUCUUCUUAUUCUAGUUCGCCAAGUCCCAGAAGGGUUCCUAGGAAGAUCUCAAGGAGCCGCAGUCCUAGGAAGCUUUCAAGAAGCCGCAGUCCUAAGAGGCCACUGAGAGGAAAAAGAAGCAGCAGUAACAGCAGCAGCAGCAGCUCACCGCCUCCUCGAAAAACAUAAUGUAAUAAACAAUAUUGAAGUCUUUUAGUCUGUAUUUCCCUUCAUCAUGUCUCCGCAGAAAUUUCACCAGUAAACAACUGAGAGUUGUGGCUAUAGUUUCUGAUGUUCAAAGAUGCUUUUUGUGAUUUUGAUUUCAGUAGUCUUAUUUUAUGAGUUGUGACGACAGACUCUUUGAUUUCAGUAUCCCCAUGAAAUGUAAUAAACGGAUGAACAUGAACGAUCUUGUUUAGGCC